AUGCUAAGAGUCUAUGCAUAUGCUAAGAGUCGCUUCAAGCUAUCGGCCAGGGUGCAUAUGUCCCAUCUUGUCUUUGAAACGGGAUUUAAGCGACGUAUGGAUCAGCGUCGGAAUGUUCGCCGUCUCGAACAAAUCUUGAAAAUACAAGGUUGCCAUCGUUUGAUGAAGGAUAAUCAUGUGUCCAUCAUAGUGCCCCAGGCAGACUGGCAACAUCGGGUGCAUCUGCGGUCGGACAACGGGACUCUUCCUAGCCUAAAUGUGGAUUGGGAUUACGGAUUACGAGCGCUAGACCACGAGAAUCUAAUUGUUGCUGCUAGAAAUACACUCGCAUUCAACAACCAGUGGUGGAUAGUGGAUGUCUAUGUGACUGAUGAAGAAUCGGAACGAUUUUCAAACGAGCAUCGGCCAUCAGAUGGGUUGAUAUAUGAGCGUAUCAAUUACUAUGAGGGCCGUCUUGACGGGCCCGAGAAUCAACGGGCAGCGGAAAGCUGGUGGGCGGCCCUAGCGUCAGUCGCAGGAAGCAAGAAAGGACAGUAUCUGAGAUUAUUCUUCAGGAACCAGUUCCUGACCCGUCAGUUGAACUCGCUACUUGCCAUUCCAGGGCUUUGGGAAGGAAUGCAGAUUGGAAACCUUCACAAAAUUACCGCUAUGCACUGUGACGAGGCAAUUUCGUGCUAUUGGAGAAGUAUUCUGACCACAUUCUUUACGAUAGUUGGAGGCCACAUCCAGAGCUUACAAUUAAUUGACGGUGUUACUGUCAACCUCAUCGAGUCCCGAGCCCCUAACGUCUCCAAAAAGGACAAAGAAUUCUUGCAGAAGAAGUUUGACGAAGGCGUGCUUUUUCCCAGUUUUUCAGAAAAUGAUCGACGGGAGAUCUGGGACCGAUUGAAGGAGAUCGACUCUCCAAUUCCAUCGUUAAAGACAUUUUUCAGAGACCGUCUCUAUCUGGAAGUACCACAGAGUGUCAUGAAGCAGCUAUUUCUCCAACCAAAUAGUACUGAUGAUAAACUGACAAUCGACAAUGGUGUUCAUGGAUUAUGGGAAAUCGGAUCAACGCUCGACCCGGCAGCCCGAAAGGCCAGGUUUCGAAUUUACAUUCUGGAGCUCUGGCGCUUCAGCUUCCAGUACGGAUUCGAAAUGACCGAUUGGAGGCGGCUCAAAUCAUCAAGUGGUUUGGCAUUCGGAACAGCGUCUAGCCAGCAGCAGUUGGAUCUGCCCAACCGUACAGAUAUCUGGAACCAUUUUCACAUGAAAAUGAUGACCAUGGGUCUCCGAACACCCAACGCUGUCGACCUUCCUGCCUCGCCAGUCGAAUUACCAACUGAGAUACCUUGCGACUACCCUGAAGAUGCAUCAGACGAAGUGGAUGUCAAGAAAAGGAGUGGUAAACCCUCGGUGGAUACUGUGGAAGCCGACCGAUACGCUCUAUCAGUGAUGUCGCUGAAAGAAAGAAGGAUAGAAACCCGUGUCACGUCGAGAUUUCUCCGUAUAUCGGUGUUUAAGAAGUUCUUCGGUUAUUUAAUGGACCAUGAUGCCAUGAGUGACCAGCUGCUAUGGCCCGAGCUUCUGGAAGACAGCGCUCCGCAUAUUCGCGAGAAUAACGAUGAGGACACGCCGACUUUCUAUACACCGGGAUUGGAUAGUUCGAACUGGACCAAUGCCAGUUCUGGAGUCCAUGGGUCGGAAUUUCAUGUGUAUCAUAGCAUACCCUACACGAAUCCACCAGAUGAUCCUGAAAGCAGCUUCGAGUCCGCCCCGUUUCCUCCUCCUUCAAUUUCGAUGAGCGCGGCUUCAUUCCCAUAUCCCGAUCCCUCCAUUUGA